CAGAAUAAAGGUCAUUUAAGUACAAAAAAGAAAACAAACAUUUUAUGGGUCCACAAAAUCAGACUCCCAUUCAUUGUCUUUAGACCCUGACACACCAAGCCGACGGUCAGCUCUCAUUGCUGUGUCCUGCACCAUUGGCCCUAGUCAGUGCUAGUUGACUUAUUUCCCUCCGGUUCAGUAUGUUUAAUUGGUGUAGGUGACAGCAGAGCCUGUUGGUGAAUGAAAUCACUCUGACUGACAGUUCAGCUCAGCGCACGAGAAGAGACACAGAAGUGAGGAAAGUAAACAAACAACUAAAGUCAAAGGUGAGUGAGAUCAAAACAAACUUGUUAUGAUAAAAUUGUUUUUCUUUAGCUCUUUAGAAGAAACGGCUUGUGAUAGUUUGUGUUAUUGUUCACUGGCGCACAGUAAAUACACUCUCUUCUUUCAGCAUUGGAUUGUGUUGUUAACGUGCUAACUGGCUAACUAGCGUCAAGACGUUUUUCUGGUUUCCCUUUUUGAAUGUCGAAUACAGUCUACAGCCACCUGCUAGUAUGAAGAGUUAUUUCCUCUCAGAAAGUUGGCCGUCAACAGAGUCUUUGAGGUGUGUUCAUGUUCAACUUUUUGGCCGAGACACGGCAAUGUGAGGCAACACAGCCAGGAAAGUUGGUUUGAUGUGUCUGGGCCUUUUGGAGCAGCUGCAGACAAACCUGUUCAUCACAAGUGUAAGACUUCUCUGGUGUCUGGCUUUGAGAAAGCGUAACUCAUGUUCACAAAUACUGAUUGAACUUUAAUAGGCCAUAGAAAUAACACACUGAAAUUCUUAAUUUAGUUGGUGUUCCCCUUUAACAUCAGCAUGUUAGCAUUUAGCUCAAAGCACCCGGUGUACCUAGCAUGACCAAGGGAAAAAAUAAAUUAAUUAAAUAUUAUUUUUCUUUCACUGAAUCAUUGUAAAGCUUAAGGGUAUCUUAAUAUAACCAUAAAUACAGAUUUUCAAAUUAUGGUAGUCCUUUUUUUAGUGUUUUUCCUUGUAUUUCCUUUUUUUUAAUAGUCUAAAGGAAAUAAAAAAUCAAAGUGCCCUGAAAAACUUUAAUUACAGCAGAAACCUGUUUCACCUCACUCUCGGCAGCUCUGACAUAAAUAAUAAAUGAAUAGACACAGUGGUGUAUAAUGGGGUUUACAGUCUACCUCUGUGCUCGGUCAGCAGUGCGCGCCCCCGCGGCAGAGAGCCCCGCCGCCGCGCACCGUGAACGCGCCUCUCCAUGCGGUUUGAAUAAAGAAGAAGAAAAAAAAGCAGAAAAAAAAUCAGCUGAUGAUGAAAAGACAUGAAGCUGGUCCCGGAGCGGAGAGCAGAUCCCGGUUUGGUUACCUCAUCUGAACCCGGUCCCGGUGUCCGGGGGGUCCGGUUCCCCGCUCAGCUCCUCCGCUCUUUGUGAGCAGGUUCACACACCGACAGACCGGGCGGGUUGGGAGGUUUUUCUCUGAAUGAAGCGGCUCUACCGGGAGGAGAGUCGGUGGUUUUAUCACGUUACAGACACGGGACUGUUUUAAUCCUCGGGUUUCUGUGGUCUCUCUGCAGCUGUGGUUUAUAUCCUGCCGGAUCUGAUCACCUUUUGUUUGGAGGAAACAGCGGCUGAUGCUGCGGUUCACCGUGAAGUCACACUGACGGAGCAUUCACCGGAUCAGGUCUUCCGCCUGGUUUCCUCGCUCUUUUGUGUGGCAUUGAUCCGUCAGUCCCGGACCUCAUUUAACCUGCUCCGGUCCUGCCCCGGGUGGUCCCGGUGUGUCCCGGGUUGAGGAGCACCAUGCCCGAGUGCGUGUCGGUGUCCGAGUUUUUGCAGGAGGUUCAGGAGGACUGGAGCUCCCCCACCACCUCCUCCUUCACCUCCAAGAUGAUCAGCUGCAGGAACACCGUCUACCUGCUGGAGGAGGUUUUGGACAGUGACCGGUUGGUGUUGCAGAAGAUGAAGAAAGCUGCUAAAGCCAAAUACACUGCUGGACAAGAACAUGUGACUCAUCUGGAGCAGUACAUUAAUUCGAUGGAGAAGCUGUCGGUCAACUGUCACUCAAACGGAGAGUCGGAGGUCGGCUCUGCUUUCUGUCGACUGGCAGACUUUUCUAAAGAGCUCCUCUCUCCCAUGAAGAACCUGUUAAAGAGCAUGCUCCACAACAUCAACUUCUUCCUGGACUCCCUGGUGAAAGGAGACCUGAGGGAGGUGAAGGGGGAUCUGAAGAAGCCUUUUGACAGAGCAUGGAGGGACUAUGAGAGCAGAUUUAAGCAGGUGGAGAAGGAGAAGAGGGAGCUGGCUCGUCAGUAUGGGAUGGUGAGGAGCGAGGUGAGCGGAGGAGAGAUCGCAGAGGAGCUCGAGAAGGAGAGACGCUCCUUCCAACUGAGCAUGUGUGAGUAUUUGAUUAAGGUGAACGAGAUAAAAACAAAGAGAGGAGUCGACUUGCUGCAGAACCUCAUCAAACACUACCACAGCCACAACAAUUUCCUGCAGGAGUGUGUGUCCACCACUCAAAGGCUGAAGCAGUACAUGGAGGAGCUGAAUGGAGUCCUGACCACGGUGAAGCAGCGUCAGGAGGAGGAGAAGAAGCAGCUGGUGACUCUCAGAGAUCAGCUGAGGCCUGUUGUCCACACAGAGCAGGACUCUUUACCUAAGCAGGUGUACAGUAUGCAUCAGCUGCUGGGAGACAAACAGUACGGGACAGAAAGAACAGGAUUCCUCUACAAGAAGAGUGAUGGGUUGAGGAAAAUGUGGCAGAAGAGAAAAUGUUCAGUUCACAACUGUUACCUGACCAUCGCACACGCUACGCCUAACAAACCUCCCACCAGACUCAACCUGCUCACCUGUCAGGUCAAACCCAGUGUGGAGGACAAGAAAUGCUUCGACCUCAUCUCUCAUAAUCGUACCUACCACUUCCUGGCAGAGGACGAAGCAGAGUGUGUGGCCUGGAUCUCGGUGCUCAGUAACAGUAAGCAGGAGGCUCUGAACGUGGCUCUGGACGGAGGGAGGAAAGGAGGAGGAGGAAUUGGGGAGAGCAGCGUGGAGGAUCUGACCCGGGCCAUCACUGAUGACAUCAGACGAAUGCCAGGAAACAACAGCUGCUGUGACUGCGGAGCUCCAGAUCCUGGAUGGCUCUCGACCAACCUGGGCAUCCUGACCUGUAUCGAGUGUUCAGGGAUCCACAGGGAGAUGGGCGUCCACGUCUCCAGGAUCCAGUCUCUGAGCCUGGACAGUCUGGGGACCUCUGACCUGCUGCUGGCGAGGAAUGUCGGUAACUCUGGUUUUAACGAAAUACUGGAGGCGAACCUGCUGAGUCCGUCACUGAAGCCGUCCCAACACAGCCACAUGGGAGAGCGUAAAGACUUCAUCGUGUCAAAGUAUCAGGACGUUUAUUUUGUGAGGCGGAGCCACAGCUCGAAUGCAGCGCUGCGACUCGGCCUGCAGGAGGCGACCAAGAACUGCGACAUCUACAGUCUGAUCCAGCUGUACGCUCAGAGGACGGAGCUGAGCCAGCCGCUGCACAUACACAUACAGGAGAGAGGGGAGACAGCGCUUCAUCUAGCCGUCCUAUUGGCUGACAGAACGUCGCUGCACAUCCUGGACUUCUUAGCUCAGAACUGCUCCAACGUGGAUGUGCAGACGUCAUCAGGAAACACAGCGCUGCACUACAGCUGUCUGCACAACAAGAGCGACUGUGUGAGACUGCUGCUGAGAGCCAGGGCCAACAUACACAUCAAGAACGAGUUAGGAGAGACCGCUCUGGACGUGAGCCGCAGGUUGAAGUACGGCCACUGUGAGGCGCUGCUGCUGCAGGCCCAGUCCAACCAGUUUGACCAUCACGUCCACGUGGAGUACGAGUGGAGGCUUCGCCAUGACGAUCUCUAUGACAGUGAUGAUGACUUCGACGAAAAGAAUGGUCCAGUGAAGAAGGAGCGCUCCUUCUCGUCCACCUCCUUCACUUCCUCCUUCUCUUUCUCAUCCCGUCCCUUCACCUUCAAUCAGUCCGCCUCCUCCAUCAGCACCCCGCCCUCCUCUGGAGUAGCUGGAGGAGGUCUGCUCAGUGUGGGGAGGAGGCUUGCCAUGGCCAUGGAGCUCCACAGCCGGCCCUCUGGCUGCGCCUCCAGCCCGCCUCCUCCUCCUCCGUCCUCCCCUGCACCUCCACUGCCCCCAAGGGUCAAAGCUCCCACUGUUCCUCCGCCCCCACCUCCCGCUGGGGGGGAGGGAGGUGGGGAGGAAGAAGACGAAGACGGGGAGGUCUUCAUGUCCCUGACAGGAAACAGAAAGUUGACGCCUCCUCCUCCCAUCGCCGUCCGACACAAGAGGAGCUGCUCUGAGUCCAGCACGCAUGAUUACGGGUUGCCAACCAGUCCCAGGAUCUACAGCGGUCCAGACUCCUCCUUUAAGAAGUGUGUCCCGGCAUCUCCUCUCAGCUCGCUGACUGAACGACCAGAAAGAGGUUUUCGGAGGGCAGAAAGUGACGAUAGCUCCUCCCACUUCCUGCACUCUGCAAAGAAAGCCCCGCCCAACGGGUCUCCCACCAGUCAGCGCUCUCAGAGCUUUGAGCAUGACAGCAGACGCCCCGCCCCCCAGCCGCUUCCACGCAGAUCAUUGCCUCGGGGUGCGACGAGUCGUCGGGUUGAGGCGCUGUACGACUGCCAGGCCGACCACCACGAUGAGCUGAGCUUCUCUGAGGGACAGGUGCUGGUGGUCCUGGGACAGGAGGACAGUGAUUGGUGGGUACGUAUCAUCGUCCUGCACUCUGAUUGGUGCUCCCACUGGAGUGGACUAUUGUUCAGUCUAUUAACAGGUAAACAGUGUUUUUAUCUCUCGCUUUGUGAUAGGCUAUAAACUAUACACAACAAAGACAGCAACAGCUGUUGCCUUACAACACUUAGAGGACAUAGAAAUAUAUUAAAAUAUUAAAAAUGUGCCACAAAGAUGAGACAAAACUAACAUGUAGCUUUUGUUGACUAAAACUAACAAUAAUGAAAUGACCAAACUGUGACCCUUUAGCACCGAGAGUUGAAAAAUCUUCAACUUUGGGUAAGAAUGCCACGCUUGUAACUGUCACUUCAGCCGUUCACAGUAUUUGUUCCUCCUCCACUGUGACUGAAGUGCAGAACAACAACUAAAAUGGAGGAGAAAUGAUAUACUGUAUACGUAUUAUGUUUCCUCUCACGAACCCACACCUUUCCCUGCGUGCAUCACCCUUCCCCUUACCCAAAGAAAAUACUCUACCUUCUACUGAUGUGUUUACUUUUGCGGAUAUUCUGUAUCAUAGCAACAAGAUGCAACCAAAAUGUCUCAGAUGAAAAAAAACAUUGCACCUCCAAAGCGCUUCAGGUGCUCCCAGUUUGCUGUCUUCUGAGGAGCACCUGGGGCCGUAUUCACAAACAUUCUGAGACUACUCUCACAGAGCUCCUAACGUAGCCUAAAAACUUUAUUAAGGAGUCCUAGUGUAGGAGUGAUUUAGGGAAGUUCUCAGAGAAACUUUGAGCAAGGAAGGAACAGAAACUUUUAUCUGAGUCAGUAGGUGUGGUCGACCCUGUUGUUAGACAUGAUGCAUUCUCUUAACAGAUGUGAUUGGUUGUCAAAGACGCCCCCUUGUGAGCCUUAACUUUAAGGGGAAAUUCUAAGAAAACAUCAAAAUCGUUUGCACAAGGAAGCUUUGUGAAUACGGCCCCUGGCAUUUUCAGCUGUAAAAAAAAAACGCUUUGGUGGACAUGGGGCCAAAGGCUGAUAUACGUCUUGUAAGAAAAAGAAAAAUCUAAAUUUGGUGCCAAAGUUUACAUAGUUGUGUGGAGUCUAUGUUCAAGUUUCUCUUAAUGUUCAGUGGAUGUAUAAAUGUAAAUCAAGUGUGUGUUUGUGUGCAGCACGGUUACAUCGAGGAUGAACCGGACCAGAGAGGUUUGUUUCCGUCCUCCUUCGUCCAGCUGCUUUUAGACUGACAUGAACCUGGACCAAGCCAGACCAGGACCAGUGCAGACGCCAGACCAGUACAGAUCCAGACCACAUCAGUCAGCCUGGAGAACCAGAACCUGGGGCUCAGGAGAACCGACCAGAUCAGUACUGAGCAGCAGAAUCUGAACCCAGGUCAGACUUUCAGGUUCCUGUUUCUCUCCACCUCCCAGGACUGGACUGAUCCGUCAGCCUUGGCAUCUAUAGCAACCGGUGUUUCUUAUGCCUUCUGUUACCAUGGAAACGUCACAGAUGACCUUUCAGUGAAGAAUCUGUACUGGACUAGAUCUUUAUGUAGCUCGGGUCUCGUGACAACGUUGCCACAGAGACUGCCUCGCACAAACCCGAUAAGCAACAACUCAAGUCUGAUGUUGACGAUACUUUUAUUUAUUUAUUUAUUUAUUUUUAAAUACAAAAUAUUUUAUUAAGCGCACAGAUGCUUCACUUCAAAAUAAAACAACCCACUGGACUUUUAUUUUGAAACUGAAGUGAACAACUUUUUUCUGUUUUUAUUUAUUGUAGCGUAUUUAUUGUAAUUGAUCUGGUGCCGCUUCUGUCCCGUGACAGGCUCCGCCUCCUCGGGUGGGGCUUACAAGGUCCAACAAGUGACCAGAGCACAAAGGACUGUGGGAUACUGAAGACCAAAGAAUAAAAAGGUGGAUGCUAGAACAUAGACACCGAAUGGGUCACCGAGUGAAACUGGCAUACUGCGCGAGCGUCAACACUUCUGUUAACAGCUAGCUAUUUUAAGCUAGUAGUUACUUCAAAGGUGAAUCCCUGUGCAUAACAAAUUCUUAUGUAGAUUAUUGCUGCGUUUGACGUCAUAUUUAUUCACUACAUUGCGUUGUACCUGGGUUUAAAUAACUGUUGAAUCAUGUCGACGCUUGUACAGUAUGCCCAUGUUGACAUUCGGUGACUAGAUUCUAGCAUCUGCCCGAUAAAUACCAGUCGUCUGCUCUAAAUUCGAGUAACGUCUGAGGAGGCAGAGCCUGAAAUGGGACACAGCUGACGCUUCCAGCUGCCUUCGAUGUCCCAAGAUAUCACAAUGCCUCAGUGAGUACAGCAGUGUAUUGCUGCCACUUUUACUAAAAUAAAUCUGCUCAGUUUCGUUAAAAACAGGACAGUUUCUCGAUUCAGGGUUCCUACGCAAGUAUGGAAAUAAAUUUGAUCAAUUUCCAGGUAUUAAAAAGUAUAGAAAAUGAAAAAUAAAGUAUGGAAAAAUAUUUAUGUUUCCAGACUAUUUCCACUGUUCUAAAAUACUGCUUUCUAAAGGAAAAAACACCGACGUCUCGUUACUGCAUCGCUUGCACCCAGAGUCCCAACCUUUGUGCCUCAGCCCGGACAUUGAACUUACCUGAGUUUUUAUUUGCAUGCCAUUAUGGUACUUGGCUACAAUCGCCUAUUAAGAAUAAUUAAAUAUGAUGUGAAAUAUGAUACACGGAUAUAUUUACUCAGAUGUCGCAUAUUCUCUGAAAAAAACGCUGAGAAGUCUGGAAAUUAGGGUAUGGAAAAGUAUGGAAUUUUGAAAUUCCAAAUGUGUAGGAACCCUGUCAAUUUAAAAAUAAUGUUUUCUUUAAUAACAUUUUUGUUAACACUACAUACAAAAUCUGUCAUCAUUCUAAUUUGUUACAUCUCAUGAUAGAUAAAGAAAUGUAUUUGUGGUAAUAAAAAUGUUUUUUCCUGAAGCAGAAUAAUUUGGUAUCUAGUGAUUAAAAAAAAAACAAAAACAUAAUUGACCCUUUGCUAAGGCCCGCCCCUGGACACAGACCAGCUUAUCAUAACGUAGCAUUGGGCCAGCUCAGACCAGGAUGUCAACAACACAGCUGUGCUCCAUUGACUCUGAUGUAAUCGUUUCAGAUUUCCUUCAUUUUCAGGCUGGUUUUGUGGAUUUGGAGCUAAAUGUUAUCGUGUAUUAAUGAUACUCGUUACCUGGAGAGGUUGGAAAAAGAUAUACGUUUCUUCCCUGUUCCAAAACCAAAAUCAAACCCUGAAAAGUGUAGGGUUAGCUAGCUAACUACUGAAGAUAUAGCCUACUGAAUGUAUAGACAUGCUGCUUUUGCUUUUUAAUGAUUAUAACAGUGAAUCAAAGACCGACCGAUCCUUCAAACACAGAAUGUAGACCCCUCUGUCUGCUUCUCUCUGGAAUCACUGUUUCAUUUAUCCAAAAAUAUGAGAAUAUUUCUUUAAGGAGUGCAGUUAGUUUCACUGUGUGACCAUCACAAAGGGACGGGGCUUAGUGAAAGGUCAAUUACAUGACUGAUACAUCUUACACUAGAAACUGAGAUGAAUGUUUUUAUCAUGGUGGCAGCAAUACAUUGACGAAAAGGAACUUUUACUGACGUCAAAUUUUUGAGCAAAACCUUUCACAUCUGGGUUUGAUUGUGUCGACAUUUACCUCCAGAGUUUGAUAGGAAAAAAAACACUUUAAAUUUUGUUUCAUAUUUUUUAUUUCAUUCAAAGUGACAGCGCUGGGUUCAUGUUGUUUUGAAAUAUCACAGUGCUUCUGUCUGUUUGGUAGCUAUGAAUGAAUUGAUGAUCAGCAGUUGGCUUGUUUGUUAAACUGACAUUUCUUUCUAUUUUAUCAGAGUCACAGUUAAAGAACGAUGAGCUGAAUUAAAGCUAUGAUAACAUAUCAUACAUCAUGAUUGGUUGAUUUAAUCUGCACUUUCCUGCAUUCCUGAUGGAAGUCAUUUCCAGACUGCACGGAACCUAAAAAGCACAACUUUGGAUUUAUACUCACAACACACUUUGAGUAAAUCUUAUUACUAUAACUUAGUCUGCAAAAUCUAAAAACCUUUCAUCCGGAUGUGAAGUCCAGCUCAGGACUCUGGAGGGCUGCUGCUCUGUCAUUUAGUGGCUGAAUGUUCCUCGUAAAGUGGAUAAUGUCCCAGUUUAUCAGCAGGAAUUUUUUCCCGGAGAAGCCAACAACGUGUUAAAUCUCAGCAAGAAACUAUAAAAACAAGCAGCAGAUGUUUCAGAUUAAACCUCAGCUUCAGACGACUCCACAGUCGAGUUUUAAGAGACCAUUAGCUUGUCCAGACAAACCGGGUUAAAGUCUGAACUGCAGCUGAGUUAACGACACAGAAACAGCCUCCAGAUGAUAAUUCAGCAUUUGGGAUUAUUUAUAAGAGGUCUCAGUCUGCUUUAAAAGAAGUGUUGGAUCAUCUUUAGACUCUCUUUUCCAACAGCUACGUCCAAAAAAUUUUGUCACAACAAAGACAGAUUUGUUGGAUGGAGCUGAGGGAAGCUCAGCCAGGACUCUGUGAUGGCAGGCGUUUCUCUCCUGUGAGGAACGACUACAAACUACGAGCACUUUAUGUGACCUAGUUCUUUUCUAGCAUAUCCUGGCCUUUAGAUGUUGCACCAGCAGGUUUGUUUGAAGCAGACCGACCUCUUUACAGAGCGAUUUCACACUGGCAAGUUUGGCCUGAAUCAAGGAGCUUUAAAAGAGAGAUGAUGAUGUCAUAUUGCAUCAUAUCAUUAGGGUGCAACACAUUUAGUGAAAUCUGGUCUGCACCUGAGAAAAUGCUCAACAGCUAACGCACUAACACAGAACCUGGUGAUGAUUGAUUCGUUUGUCGGAGAUGUCCACAGUUGGCCUCACAUCAAAAUGUAUUUAAUACGAAAAUUUAAUUCUGCAGUUAUUGAAAAGGUCCAUAAAUGUCAAAAACAAAUGUUUUCUAUUUGAAAAUGCUCUAUUUCAGUGGUUCAUAACUGGUGCGUCACGGUCCAAAAGUGGGUCACAGGUCCAUUCUGAAUAGACCGCAAGUGACUCGCAAACAAGUUUGUCAAAAGCACACACAUUUUUAAGCACAGUGAAUUUCCUGCACAGAGCUUUUAUUAUAAAGUGCCAUUUCAUGCUGUAAAAUGAAUGACUAACAGACAGCUACUUGACAGAGACCACAAACUAGCUUGAUGACAUGGCCAAAUGCAAGUAUGACACUGAAUAUAUUAAACUGUGUGGACCUGGAACUAAUGACUAAAAUAAAAUCUGGACCCUGUUGCUGUACCAGUUGGAAACCACUGCUCUAUUUUCAGUCAAUUUAAGCGUACCCAAAAACUUCUGUCAGGUGGAGCGCACCCAAGAGGGCUAAAAAAGAGCGCACACAAAGAGCAACUACACUUUAUUUCUAGGGCCGUCAGCUGUAAACCUCCAAUAUCCCGGCUCAAGCUACAUUGCUCAUGUGACAUAUCUUGUAGCUCCCAUGAGGUCAAAGAUCGUGUCCCCACCUUCAUUCAGUAGCCUUGGCAUGAACCUGGAAACAGAGCGCAAAA